AUGGAAUUCCAAAUACUUGGUCGUCUUGUUCUGGUGAUUGUAGCAUUGGUUUUUAAUGUUUUCGGGGCACAGGGAAAUGUUCAAAUCAAAAGGGUCGGGUUGAACAAAAUUGAUCGAUCUGCUCAACCAUUGUCACCUAGUUUUGCAAUUGAUAUGCUCAAUCGUAGUAGUUUUCCUCCGGGUUUCGUAUUCGGGGCGGCCACUGCUUCCUAUCAGGUUGAAGGUGGAUGGAAUGCUGAUGGCAAAAGUCUUAGCAAUUGGGAUUAUUUUACACACAAAUAUCCAGAGAAGAUAGCAAAUCGCAGCAACGGUGAUGUUGCAGACGACUCCUACCAUAGGUACAAGGAUGAUGUCAAAAUUUUGAAGGAUAUGAACGCGGAUUCAUAUCGUUUUUCCAUUUCAUGGUCAAGAGUUUUACCUUCUGGCAAGAUUAGCAAAGGCAUAAAUGAGAAAGGAAUUCAAUAUUAUAACAAUCUCAUCAAUGAACUUUUAGCUAACGGUCUAACUCCAGCUGUGACUCUUUUCCACUGGGAACUUCCCCAAGCUCUAGAGGAUGAGUAUGGUGGUUUCUUGAGUUCUAACAUUAUACAAGAUUUUCAUGAUUUUGCAAACUUGUGCUUUGAGAGAUUUGGCGAUCGAGUAAAAUUAUGGAUCACAUUCAACGAACCAUUCACUUUCAGUCAAUUUGGUUACGAUAGCGGACUAACCGCUCCGGGUCGAUGUUCACCAUGGGUGAAUCCGAAUUGCACCGGAGGAAAUUCCGCCACCGAACCCUAUAUAGUCACCCACAACCAGCUCUUAGCUCAUGCUGAUGCGGUGCAGUUAUACAGGACGAAGUUUCGAGCCAAACAAAAAGGUUUGAUUGGGAUGACAAACGUUGCCAUAUGGAUGGUGCCUUUGACGAAUUCGCCGUUGGAUCAACGCGCAUCUAUUCGUGCCCUAGAUUUUAUGUAUGGAUGGUUUGUGAACCCUUUAGUAUACGGCGACUAUCCAGAAUCAAUGAAAGUUUUGGUUGGGAAUCGUCUUCCUAGAUUUACAUUUCAACAAUCUAGACUGUUGCGAGGGUCGUGUGAUUUUCAUGGCUUGAAUUAUUACACUGCAUUAUAUGCUUCCCACCCCACCAAUCCUUCCAAUACGGCCAAUGUAAGAUACAUUACAGACAACCAUGUUGAUCUUACUGCUACCCGCAAUAACAUGCUUAUCGGAGAACAGGCUGGAUCAGAUUGGCUGCACAUUUAUCCGGAAGGAAUUUGGAAUCUUCUCGUUUAUAUAAGGGACAAAUAUAGAAAUCCAGUAAUUUAUGUCACGGAAAAUGGGGUGGAUGAAUUGAAUAAUCCCUCGCUAGCACUCGAGCAAGCUCUUCAAGACAAUUUCAGAAUCCAAUUUUAUUAUCGCCAUCUACAAUUCGUCAGAAAAGCGAUUCAGAAUGGAGUGAAUGUGAAAGGAUACUAUGGGUGGUCACUGAUUGACAAUUUUGAGUGGCAAAAUGCAUACACAGUCCGUUUUGGAAUCAACUUUGUCAAUUACACCACUUUGGAAAGAUUCCCUAAGCUAUCAGCACGUUGGUUUGCGAGAUUCCUCCAGAAAUAG